GUUUGUUCGUUUGGACAGGCGUAUCAAACAUGUUUGGCGUACGCAUGCGUCCCACGCUUGCUCAGCGGCUUAUAUAUAUCCAUAGUUUGAUCUGUGUUUGAUCAAACAUGUUUUAACCGUUUGGUCACUCACCUCAACAUCAGCAUGUUUGUUCACCAAGCAAUGUUUGAUGAUGUUUGGUCGCCAAACAUUUACCGUUUGGAUAGGCCUUUACACGUUCGUGUUUUUAUCUGCGCAAAUUGCCCUUUGUUCGGAGCUUAAAAGAUCUUCAUAAAAAGUAGUUUGAUUGUACUGCAGCAUUGAAGCUAUUAAAAGAGGGAGGGCUAGCUUCGACCACUGUGGUUGUACGGGAAGCAAACAGCAGAAGACAAUUACGUGCGUAAACUUGAGUAACGGACAAAUUCGAUCAUAAAUACGUAGUUUGACAGGCUGCAUGGCUUAUUAACAGGCAUUUUUUCUAUAAAAUGAUGCUAUUGUUAGGCACUGAUAAAUUGCAGGUUUUUUGUAUUUACAUGUAAAUUAGCUCGAAACCCCCUACGUCGAGGAACUGAUGUACACUGGAGGUCGGUACUAAAAAAACAUGAAUUGUUUACCUGACGCAAAAUGCGCUUUUACCAUGGAAUCAGAUUUUGUAGGCUCGCGGUGGAACCGCUUUGCGAUUUUUAUAGACUCAUUCGAGACAUUAAAUGCAUUUAUCUGCGACCGCGAAAUCUAACUGUGAAAAAAAACAAAACAAAACAAAACAAAACAAAACAAAACAUAACAAAAGAAAAAAGAAAAAAAAAAACACCAAAACAAUGGGUCUUGAAUCAAUUUUUUGACAGUGACAGCUAGAAAAAUACAACGCCCCCAAAGGGACUUUUCCCAAUUUCAUUUUCCGGGAACAUUUCCCGUAAUAAAGCGCUUUUUGAAGGCAGAAGGUAGGUCGAUUCCUGUGGUGUAGACCCAAUAAGUUGCUCGGGACCUAAGGUCUUGCGAUGGCAGAAGGCGGGACCCUUGAUGUAAACCUUGAUACACUAGAAAGCCAGGCCAUGUGGCUGAUAAAAGGCCUUCCUAAUCUCGAGUAUGAACUGCGAGAAUAUAUCUCGUCUGGAGGAAAACACAUGACCAUCCUUUUGUGCGGAAAAACUGGUGUUGGAAAAUCACAUUUGACAAACGCACUCAUUGGCAGAGUUCUUGCUAAGGAAGGUGAAACCCUCGACCCAGAAACUGUUGAGGUGACAUCUUACGACUUUACAAUUAACAACGUGGACAUUACGGUGUUCGAUACUCCAGGUUUGGCAGAAGGACCACGCAAAGACGAAGCGCAUCUGCAAGAAAUCAAGGAGAAAGUUACUGCCUUUGAUGUGUUUAUUUUCUGCACCGAAAUGGACACUGAACGUUUUCGCAACGACGACAUCAACACGAUCCAGAAACUGACAGAAGCUUUCGGUUCGCGCCUCUGGGAGCACGCCGUUGUCGCUCUGACGUUUGCCAACAGAGUUCAUCCCCCAUUCAGCAAAAAAGACAUGAAUGAACAAGAUUUCUUUGACAAACGCUAUCGAAUGUUCAAGAAGAAGAUUCAAAACGUCGUUAAAGAAGUCGGGGUACCGGACGAAGUGCUCUCUUUUGUGCCAUUUGUAGCUACUGGAGACUUGAGUGAGCCAAGACUAGCAGGUAUCCACAACUGGUUGUAUGCUUUUUGGAUUACAACGUUCAAACGUUUAAACAGCAGAGCGAGACCCGCGUUUCUUAUUGCAAACAUUACUCGCUUUAACUGCAUUUCAUCGUCAGAUCAAGAAGUAUCCAGAAAUCUUUUGUCAAGAAGAAGCCUGCCAUCAGGUGAGCAACGGGGAAGAAAUCAACUUCAAAGGCAAGAACAACGAAGAAGUUUCCAGGGAUUCGAACUCUACCAUCGUGAUCGUGGCAAUGCCGAUGAUAAUAUCGAGAGUGAAGGUGACCGCCGACCAGUUACUAGAAGCAUUUCCAUGGCAGAGACGAGUGCACCUCCAAACAGAGAGCCAGAACCAAAUACGCCGGGGAAUAGGCAAGUUGCCCCUACUCUUGACCUGGACGAGCCAUCUGCUAAUGAGCUUUUAAUAAUGAUUCUAAAUGAGGUAUGUCCAGCAGCUGUUAGAAUGAUCGUCGAGCGUUCUUUCCCUGGAACUGGUCAAAUAGCUUCAAUUCUAGUUAACUGGGUGAUCCGUUUUAUUAAAAAAUGGCUUCGGAAUAUUUGCGUAAAUGAAAGUGGCUCUGCAGAGGAACAGCAAGAGGCUGAGGUGGAAAACGACUGAAUAGCACGAGAAGCGUUGACAAGAAACUCUUUUUCACAUAGGCAAGGUGAUAACUGAUCGAUUAGAAGCACUGUGUCUUAAGUCAACAGUUUUUUAAUGUUGUAAUGAUACAUAGUAGAGACAAAGAAUUUAAAACUUUUCGGUUGAAUCUCGUGCAGAGUGCACGGCUUUAUGAGUAGACACAAUUUCCAUUUAUUUAGUUUAUUUUAGGUCCUCGUCAAAGGAUAACAUUUCAAUUCACAAUAGGACUUUGUGAAGGACAUUAUUUUAAUGCCUUAGUUUCCCCAACUCAGUUAAACAGUUAAAACUUUAUAUAACGACCAUAUAUUAAGAGACCUGCACCUCCUAUCAAGUGUCCAGUUUGCAUAUUUCCGAAUUUCCGCCCUUACGCUGUAUUUGCCACUUGUAUAAAAGCUGUCACCUCUUUUAGGCAUUGGCGGCCACCCAUUAGCAGUCCCGCUUGCACAGCUUUGUUACCUUUACCUGAAAUCAGCGAUCACACUUGAACGAAAACCUAACACCACAUAUCAUUUUACGAUUUUAUCGGCUUGAAAAGUUCUUUUGUCAUUUAAUUACCUUAUUCUUCAAGCAAAACGUUUAGGCGCCAAGAGGUCGAAUGGCCAUGAACGCUAUCUUUAAUAUUUGGCGUUCAAAAUCACGGAUCAGUGUAGAAGGUCUGUGUGUUUUUACCCAUUAUUUCAUUGAGAAUUGCUACACGAACGUUUGUUUUCUAAAUACGUACGUUGAUUGUGCAAGCUAUAAAGUUAUUGCCGUGCAAGAAUUCACUGAACCACGCACGAUAUUGAGAUCUCCCAUUUACGAGUUCGAGUGUUCUUACAUCCACAUACAGUUACAAAAGUAAAAUCUUCGUUUGUUAAA